AUCAAAAAUGCCAGCUUGAUACACGUGUUGUUCUUAAAAUAUGGCAACGUUGAUCACAUAACGUUGGAUUUGAAUUCAUUCGACAAUGGAACAUUAAAUUACUUUGCCGAACGAGCGGGGAACGUGGCUGUCAAAUCAACUACUUACCUGUCCAUUGCAAACGCUCGCCUGUCAAAAGUACCGGACGAAAUGUUUGCCAUUUUUAAAAAUUUAAAAAUUUUAAAUUUAAGCGGCAAUAACAUAACAUACGUAAAUAUAAUUCAAUUUUGCGAGUUGGAUAAACUGGUGGAGUUGGAUCUAUCGAAUAACAAUAUUUCCUACUUUGAGGUCGAUUCGAACGACAUCUUGCCGUCAUUGGGCAUUUUAAAACUGCACUCCAACAAAAUAAGAUUUCUUCCAUCGCGUAUGGAAUCGUUUCUUUCCAAGUUGAAACUUCUGACGAUCCACGACAAUCCCUUACAUAUCAACUGUGAGAUGCGCUGGUUCGUCCAGAUGGUGACGUCCAGCGAAGAGGUUGUGAAGAAAAAGUUGGUUGAAGAUCUCGAUGAAGUCAUGUUCGUUACACCUAAGCGGGUAUCGUUAACGAAGACAAAAAACGAAAAUUUUGCUUGUCUUCCUCCCUCCGUGAAAGAUUCCUACCACGAAGAGUUCAACAUCAACGAUCGAGAUGUUCUCGUUCUAACCUGCCAAAUCAUCAGCGAUCCAGCAUCUACCGUUCUCUGGCUCAACGAAUCAAAUGAAAUGAAACCAGUGAGGCAGGUGGAAAACUUGAAUGCUGUCUUCGAUAACCACGUUCGAGAAAAAUCCAACGACUCCUUGAACGCCAUGGUAGAAUCGCAGAUCAUCUUCUUGGAAAGUUCUUUUCAAUUUUUGAGGAUUUCCAAAAUAUCCCUGACAUCUGCAGGCAACUACACCUGCGUCGCCAGCAAUGUAGCUGGAACGGUUAAAAAAACUUUUGACACCGAUGCCAUGCUCUUAAGAGGUGGCGAGUUUCAACGAAGGGCGAGAAAGAAAGUUGAACUGUUGACCAGUUUUGAAGGGGCUCUCCUCGCCGCCUUCUUACUGGCCAUUCUCGCCUACCUCAUCAAAAAAGAAAUGUGAAACAAUGCUCUUUUUUGUAUUUUACAGAUUUGUGUAUGAUUGUUGAAACUUUUUAUCCGCGUGUCGUAAGUCUAAUUAUUACGCCUCAAUCACAUUGCACGCUCUUAUUUCUAUUAUAAUAUAGUUACGUUGCUGUUUUUGUAUGGCUGGUUGGUCUAACAAAUUGAACUUCGACACACUGGUUCUUUUGUUGCUGUGCAUUGAAGUGUCGUAAUCGUUGAUGUUUCAUAUGGACGUGAUCAAAUAAAUGGAAAUAUAGUG